AUGACACGGGAUUAUGCACCGGAAGCACAACUGAAGGGAAACCUUGGAGCCACUAUGAUAAGCGAUUCAUCCAACCCUGAAGAAAUAAGACAUGAAGCAAUGGAACCAGAAUUAGAAUCACUGUGGUUUAAGGCAUUGGCUUUACAAUUGAAACCAAUAAACAAUGAUAUCGAGAUAUCGCGGUCAGCCUUCGAAUUGUUGUCUGUUCUUGCUAUGGAACAAAUAGAUUCAAUGGCUAGUGAACUGCAUCGUAUAGCUGCGAUACAGAGGCGUCAACGAGCCUCCAAGAUGGAUGUAUCCCUCUUACUGCGAGGGUUCAAUUUAACUCCAGAUGAUAUAGAUGUUACACUACAACAAACGCACUAUAUUAAAACUCAAUACGUUCCUCAAUCGGAUACAAUUAAUAGUGAGACAGAAGAACUGAAUAAGAUUAAAGAACAAAUUAAAAAGGAUAAAUUACUUAAUAAUACACCAUUUCAAUUGAUAGAACAAGAACAGGAGGCAGCACUUCCCCUUAGAUCUUCAAAUGAUUUACAAAAAUAUAUUCCUCAUUGGUUACCGAAAUUUCCACCAGACCAUACUUAUAUGUUUACUCCACAGUAUAAUAAUCCUACUACGAAUGAGGUUUUGAUAAGAAUAAAAGCUGCUGAGGAAGGUAGGCAAUCGGAGAAAUCGUUGCUAGGCUUGAUAGGUACAAGACAUGUCAAUGGACACUCCCUUGAGACAAAUCCAAAAGAUACAAAUAUAGUCAAUGAUGGAGAAAUGACACCAAACGUGGGGGAAGAAUUGAUGUAUCCAUAUUCCAAUAAACGUUUAGGGGAAAAUUAUAGGAUAGGUUCUAAUCGUGUAACUAAGAGGCAACCGUUGAGUACACUAACGCAUAUCCCAAAGACGUUCAAUGUUGAAGAAUAUGCUCACAAAAGAAUUGAAUUGGCAAGGGCAAAGGUUAAUGAAUACGAAUUGAAACAGAAGUAUCGUAAUAACGAUCCAUUUUUAAAUCUAACAAAAUUAAUCAUUCAAAAUGAUAAAUUCCACAAGAAUAGGUUUCAGGUUGAUAAAGAAGUGAGGAAUACACUUCAGAAUUCUUUCCGUAAGAUGCUUUCUAGAAUACCAGAGACUCGUAAAGAGAAAGCAAGAGUGAUCCAGGAGGCAAAAGAACGUAGAGAGUUGAAACUUGAAGAAUUGAAACAACUCCAAGAGAAACGUGAAAAGGAACGUAAGAGUGACACAGCAACUUCCGCCCAUUUGGAGACCAUCCUUUUUGAGACCAACUUUACAACAAAUAGAAACAGUAAUGGUGUUGGAAUUGGGAGUAGUAACGGUGACGAUAUGGGGUUAUUCGAUACUUUAGAUAGUAGUGAUGAUGAGGCCCAUCCUAUUGAUAUAAAAAUUACCACUGAUGAUAGGGACGAGAAGGAUGAGGAAGAUAAUGAUACCAACACAAUAGACGGUACAUCACUUCCUAAGGAGACAACAACGCCAUCCUUCAACAUUGUACCUCAACCAAUACAGAAUGUGGAUAACGAAGAACAUCAUGUCAAGAUAAUGGAACCAUCUAGGGUCGAAGAAAAGAUCGUUACAAAUGAUGAUGUCAGUAAUACUGAGUUACCAGAGGCUACUACUAUCACCACAACAAGUGCCAGUAUCACUAUGUCCACCAUAGAUACUAUAGGUACGACAAUUACUACUACGACAGAUGCGACUUCUCCUGGUGCAAUGGCAGAGACAAUUACAAAUACAAUUACUGAUACGGCGAACGCCAAAACGACGAGUAUUGGUGUAAUGGAGUCGCAUGAAAAUGAGCAGCCGGUCUUAGAAGAUAGUUCUGGAUCGAAUGACCAAGAUGGUAUAUAA